CACAGGUCAGCUGUCGAGUAUCGCGUAUCGGUAGCAAAUCCUUUCGAAACCAAUCCAAGGUUGCAAAACACUAGCACAUCGGCGAAAUGUGAUAGUUAACAAUUGUAAAUUGGUAGCCACGCACGCCGCUGCAGUCGCAACGUGCCGCCGCGGUCCGUUCGCAUCAACACAGAUAACUUAUCAGUGAAAAUCUUUAUAACGUGACGACAAAAGGAUUCAUCGUUCUCCCUCAAAAUGUCUACAAUCACAGAAGAUAUGUGCGAACUUUUGGAGAGCUACAACGGGAGAGAUAAGGUGGUCCGUCUGGCAUGCUACGCGUUCAAGCUGUAUGGUUGUGUGAAGGACGAGAAGCCAUGGCAGACGGCUGGCUCGCGUCUGUCCAGCGCGCGCAUGAUGCUGCGUCUCUUCGACGACAUACCCAUGAUCAGGCACACAUACAAUUAUGGCUUGGGGAGACAUGAGUCGACGACAACAGCGGCGGCGCUCGGUGUGUUAGCCAACGCGGUGGACCAGGCGUUCCUUCCAGUGGAGAAGGCGUGCUGGCUCUACGACGUGGGGGUACUGAAACUGAACGAGAAGACGGCGGAGACGCUCGAGAUCAUCAGCACCGCGCUGUGGGCCGCGUCGCUCUUCAUAUCUUUAAUACAAACGUCCCGCUCCGUCCGACAUCUGUGGUGGAGCCGUGAUAGUCUUCAAACCUCCUCCGAGAACGGCGGCGCGGACAUCCGACGGAACCUCGACAUCAGACUGGCACUCCAAGCAGUGGUAAUGGGCAAACUGUGUCUGGACAUCACGCAUGCCGUCAGCUGCUUGCCCCAAGGCUGGUUGUGGGGGGAGAGAAUCGGAGCUACUAAGGUCGCAGCCAUCGCCACCACCUCCUCAGUCAUCGGUAUUGCCAUGUUCUUCGCCAAGAAACGACUUUUAAAAUAAAGCUUGUCGUGGCUCAGACAAGGAAGGGUCAAAAUAGUGAUGCAUAUAUCUAAAUACUUUAUUAAUGCAUUUGUCCCAACUCCAACGGGCCUUCUCUAAGAUUCUGUGUCAGUUGGGCUCAGGUCUGUGGGGAUUUAGGCUACUUUGAAUCUAAAAUUAACCAACCACGUCGCUACAAGAACAGACUACGGCCUCCACAUUACGUGCAUUACAAGUAAUUUUAGUUAUAUAUUAUUGGUUGUGGCAAAGGCACAUAACGAUGGUAUUUAGCGAUUAUUGUUAAUGGGAUUGAUACCAGGGGAUCUAAACAGAUAGCAGUGGAUCCGAACGAUAGUCGACAGGCGGCACUUCUCUAUACAUCUACAUCAGUCAACAAUAUUUAUUAUUUGGAUUUAAAGUCUAACAUACUUUGUCAGUAAACUAUACUUAUAAUUCAUUUGUUAUCGUCAAGAAAUACUUUGUUCUGAUUGGUUGAUUUUGGCAAUAGAUUGAAAAAUCGAUUGCUAUUGGUUAUUAAAAAUGGCUGUAAUUCUUUUUUGUCUAAAUAUUCGACUUUCGAUCGUCAGUAUUGAAAUACUAAAAUGAAUCACUUCGUAACGAUAAAUUGCUAUUUGUUUACACUCCCUUACGCUUACAACUUAUAAGAUAGAUAAUUAUAAGUAUUGACUGACUCCCGUUGUAUCAAGAGUUCAAUUGAUAACUUUAAAAUUUGCCAAACUUGAUUACACUAAGUACCUUAUAUUGUUUAUAUACGUAGUUAUAUUUGUAAAUAAGGUUUUAUGUAAGACUGUGAAGGGCAAAUCAAUGGAAAUGUUACAACUAGAAUUAAUAAAGACCUUUUGGGAUAUUUCUCGCAAUUUCGUCGGUAAGUGCUCGAAAUGUUAGCAUUAGCGAUAGGUUUGUAAUGUUUUUGCUGUAAAUAUACGCAAAAUUAUUAAGAUUAUUAGUAAAUUUACAGUUUGUUAUAAAGUCGAAAUGAUUUAUAUUAAAUGUUGUAGUCAUAAUUGUAUGUACUUAAACUCAAUGAUACCAUAUGAAAUAGAUAUUAAUAUCGCAAUUAUUUGUGAUCAUACUUAAAUAAAUUUAUUAGGUAAGCAUUAUCCACGAAAAUGGCAGGGUUAUAUUAUUAGUGUAUGCAGACAAUCUGAGGGGCAACAAGCUUCAUGAAAAAUUUAAACUUAAGGAUGUAUCGUUAACCUAAUAUACGAGGUAGAGGUAAAGAGAACCUACUUAUAAAGGAACAAGUGUUAAAAAAGUAUAGAUUAUUUUUAGUACUUAUAUCAAAACAAACCUGAAAUUAGUUUAUCGGGAAUCAGUAGCACAAUCCAUUGCACUAAUUUUAAACGUAUGUUAUAUUUUAUCCCAAAAACAUAUUAAAAUUUCGUCAAGCUUUUGUAUUAAUAAAAAUUCAGCGCAUGUCGGUCGCUCCCUGAUACCUACUACUACAGCCGACCGUUACAAGCACACUCUUCCCCACCCCGCGGCACCGCACAUGUCCCGCUCGUUCCUUGCGACGGCGGGGACGGUAUGCUUGAUUUAUCAAUUCCGCGUGAAUUUUCAUUGUUAUUAUUAUUUUUGUACUUUCAUGUGAUCUUUUACACCAAAAUCUUUUUGGGUGUUUCAGCGUUAUGGUAUAAAAAAAUUAAUCUAGUAUAUGGGUAAUUUAUGUCGGUUCAAAACUUUGACGCCCAUUUUACUGAGGAAAUAUACAAACGUCUUUUAUCUCCGAAGGGGUAGGCAGAGGUGCAACUCACGCACCCGCAUUACGCAGUACGCAUUCUGUCCCAUUAUGCGAUAGAGGGCGAGCCUACCGCCAAAUUGCGCUAAUCACACACUCCGGGCUUACUUUGCCCGACCCGGGGACCUAGCCCGAGACCUCAGCAAUGCAGUGGUACCGUAUUACAACUAUGCUAGUGAAGAAAAGUAAAAAUUGAUAUAGCUAACAAAAAACAGCUUAAUUAUACGAAAUUAUACGAGGGACUUGUUAAUUGACUUCAACAAAACCGCAUUUAAAACAUGAGAGUAGCUAUAGAAACUCUAAUAAUGUAACUAAUAUAUCGCCUGUAUAAAUUAGCUAUACAUAUCUAUCUGUAUCUGAAUUGGCUGUAUGAGAAUGUAAUAAUGUACAAUUGAAUUGGGUGUAACUCCUGUAAGAAUAUAUUUAAUAAAUGAUUAUUUUUAACAAAUUAAUAAUUUUGUUACCUGCUUUAACCCAAUGCAGAUUGUCCGCAAACAUGUGUGUUAUAUUUAAAUACAUUGUUUAUUAUUUUAGUAAGUUAAUAAGCUUUAUUGUGUUGCAAAUGAUUGGUGAUUGUAUUGUUUUAUAAUUUGUACAUUUUGAAUGUUUCAUGACGUUAAAUUAUGUAUAAAUGGA